AUGGUGGUCUCGCCCAACAAUGUGACGUCACUGCCACAAGCAGUUACCACCCCUGUAGAUGGGUCACUACGAGGCCUGCAGGAGCGGGAAGAUUUCAGUAUCGUAGUCAUGGAGACAAUCGUUUUUGUUGUAUUGUGGAUACUGGCGUUGUUAGGCAAUAUUUUAGUUGUUUUGGUGAUCCGCCGUAGCCGCAGGAUGCAGUCGACAACGAACUAUUUUGUUGUGAGCAUUGCCUUCAGUGACUUGACUUUGAUUCUGCUAUCAGCGCCCUUUGUGUGUGUCCGAGUCGUGAUGCAGGAAUGGGCAGCAGGUCAUUUGAUGUGCAGACUUGUUAGAUUGCUUCAGUUCUUUUCCACAUCCAGCGUGUCCUUCAUACUUGUAGCCAUUUGUAUUGACAGAUUCUACACAAUUGUUCAUCCUCUCAGCUUCAAGGUCACCCGUGAUACGGCGAAGAAGAUGAUAGUUGUUGGCUGGGGUCUGUCACUUAUAAUCUCCAGCAUGUGUGUGUAUUUCUUCGAGCAGGUUGUGCUGAAGAAUGCGGACACUGGUCAACAACGAUAUGCUUGUCCUACUUUCAUCCCUGGCGGCCACUGGUCUGGAGUGUUGUAUGCCUGCCUCUGCGUCGUCAGCCAAUACUUGUGCCCGCUAAUCCUAGUCGUUGUCGGAUAUUCCCGAACUUUCAUCUAUAUCAAAUCACUACGAGAUCAGGUUCGUCUGCACAGGCGACUAAAUAACCCAAUAUCAAGGACUAAAUUCAAGAUGGUGAAAAUGUUGAUGUUUUUGAGUGCCCUGACAUUUGUGUUGUACCUUCCUUUCUACGCUACGCAGAUGUUUCACACCGCCGCAUACAAACGCUUAUUGAGUGCCCAAGCUUUCAUUUCUAGUUUCUGGUUGAUAUGUGCAUCUGCAGCCGCCAAGCCGACCAUCUACGCCUGUGGAAACAGCAACUUCUGGCGCGGGUGUAAAGAGGUGCUGUGUAUGUCUACUAUGAGGUGUUACCGACUGAACACAUACAUAGUCACGAAUGCGUCUUCCGUUAGCAAAAACAAUUAUGUUGGAGUUAUAGAUCUGUCUAAAGAUCAAACCAGCAUCCGCGUAGACUCGCCACUAGAACCCUUUAGUGCCGUUCUGUAUGAAGGGAAAGGCGUUUGGCAAACAAGCGGGUCGCUGCCAUCAGCGUCCAUUUAG